GCUCGCGACGCGGACGUGCAAGGUUGAAGACGAUUUUCUGCAGCCACUGUACCGAUGAAAUACGUCGGCCUUUGGACCGGUCGAAAUACUGCUUGUCUUAUUCUUUUUUCCGGCGGCUUCCGCACAAAUACACAGAGACAAGACCGGGCCGGCCAGAGCUAUCUGCGCUUGCAACUUUGCGACGCAUAACCACCAGCAACCACACGGGACGGCAUGAUGCACCAAUUCCUCCCGCGCGUCGCCUUGCGAGGGCACGCGAUUGCCCUCCGCACCACCUGCCCCCAGCGCAUCCAGCCGAUCUCCUCCCGGCUCCUCUCAUCCGCGACCACACAAGCCGCCGCGCCGGCACAGGCCGCAGCCAGGCCAAGCCGAACACACAGCCAGCCCCCCGUCCCCCCACCGUCUAAGUCACCAGCGGAACUCGCGACUCUUCCCUACAUUGUCAGGCGAACGCCAUCCGCCCAGCUCCCUCUCUAUAAGCGCACAAUGUCGGGUGGCACGCGACACGUCGUGCUGAUAAAGAAGGUGGACGGCAACCGGAGGAAGCUGCUCGACGACAUGGUGGCGGCACUGCAGAUCCCCAAGGGGGAAAUCCGAAUCAAUCCUACAACACAACACAUAGAAUUGAAGGGCGUCCACUUUGAUAAGACGCGGGCGUGGCUGCUAGAGCAGGGAUUUUGAGGCACGGACAGGGCCGUCUGAAGCGACCGCCAUUGUACAAUUUGCAGUGCCUGCGAGGCAUGCGUGUAUAGUACAGCGUGAAUCAUGUUGACGACAACAAUCAAGCGGGCAUUGUGCAAGGAGAGGGACGUGAAGCAGGAGCUCUCACCAUUACUCGUGGUAUCAGUAUAUCUCACAUUCCUGCACCUAUUUACACCUGCUUGAGUGCGCCACGGGGACCCCCCACCGUGUCCCAUCUCCAAUACAAACGAGCUGG